AUGAUUGAUGACGUAGAACUUCUCGAAAGAGAUAUCGCUUGCGGACUUGAAGUGAUUGCUAAAGGUCUUCAAGAGCGAUAUGAAGAAUUUCAACAGAUUCUUCCGGUAGCAGAAGAGGAUAUUGUCAUAAGACUUCAAGAUCUUGGGAACAAAAUUGAAGAGAAACUUCAGCUUGCUGACAGUUUCAUAAGGGAAAGCAGUGGUAUGGAUACUUCGGGGGAGAAAUCACGUCUUGCAAUCAGUGCGCAAGACAAAAUAUUGCGGAAAAAGCUGUCCGAAUUAUCAGAAUGUCGUCAGCUUCUUGACAAAGUCCAAGAAAUCGAAGGAUUGUUAGUUGCCUCCCGUUCUAACUCGAUCAGUGAAAUUGUGCAAGCAAGAAACCUUCUUGAAUGUGAAACACAACUGAACGAAAUCACUAAGGAUGAUGGAUGGCCAAUCCUGACGGGCAGAGUUCGUGAUAUUUUACGGGAAGAGGUUAGCUUUAUGAUGAGCUCGCUCAAAUACAAGCUCUCUUAUGGAUUUGACGAAUUUGUUUCGUAUCCAGCAACGGAAGUGAAGGGAACUGUUCAUAUGCGCGUUUGCAGCGAGAGUCCGAAUAAUGUUGGUGAGUUUCUUACCGCUAUGAGCCUGUUGGGAGAGCUAGACGGUCGACUGAAAAAAUGGGCUGCCUACAUCGUAAAUAAUUUUGUGCAACCCAUUAUUACUAGUGGAGAUGGAGUUGAUCCGUACGAGCGUUUUGUAGUGACUAAUGGAUCGGCAGAGUUCACUGCAAGUAGCAAAACCAAGCCUACUGUCAAAGGGAUUUCCGUUGCUGGAGUUGUUAGUGGAUUACAUCGAUUUUUCUCCAAUCUUGCUUCAACCAUAGAAGGUAUUGACGUGAACGGUAGGCCGCUUCCUUUGUGUCUUGGCCAAUUCUUUCAAGAUGAUCUAAUGGGCAUGUUUUUGAAGCAAUGCAUUGCUGCUUCCGUACCAGUGCCAGAUCCAGAUGGUUCGAAGUUCAAAAAUGCUAUGGAUCUAGCGGAGAAAUUCCGAGAAGAUAUGAUAAAGCUCGGUUUCUUCAAUGACGCCACUCCUUCUUUCCAAGAGUAUUCCGAACAACAUUUCACAGUUUUUAUCGAUAGAAGAUGUCUGGAAGUGAUCAGAAGGGCUAAAGAAUUGAUUUGCAUGCCCUAUUUAGAAUUAGCUGAGGUAGGGUGUGGCGAAGAAGUCAGUGAAGAAACUAUUCUUCAAUAUAAGGAAGCUUUUGGAAAACCGCUACCUAAGUCAUCAACAUCAUGUGACAGUUUGUACCCGGUCCUACUGCAGCUUCCUAAAUGCAAAGUCAGCAAGUCUACAGUAGACCUCAUGGAGUUGGUCUUCUCCACCCUAGAAGAUGCCAUCAAUACUGACAAUGAAAAGUUAUCCGGCCGCUUAGCACUAACCGCUCGAAAUAUUCUGCAGUUAUUUGAGCUAACAGCCCCACGACAUCACGGAACUGCGAUUUCGUCGAUGCCUCAGAUGGCUGCAAUAUUUUACAAUAAUUGCUAUUACAUUUGCCAUCGACUUAUGUUGAUACCAUUUGGUAUACUUAAAGAUGUGGAGAAACACUCAGCCAAGUAUGCAAGUUUCCGCCCAAUCUUUUCUGAUUCGCUGUGGAAACUGAGGGAGAUUGCUGCGGAUAUGUUGGAACAGACUAUGAGACGGUGUAGGCGUGACAUCAGUGUGAUGUUGAACAAAGAUGACUUAUUUAUCAAAAUUGACGAUCUUGAACGAUGUGAUGAAACAAAAGACGUACUCAAUGCUUGUCUUAUGCAUGUACAAAGCAUUUCACAUCAACUUAAAGAGGUGCUGGCCGAAAUGGUCUAUUCGCAAACCAUGGCUAACAUUGUCUCAUUCCUCCUUAAUAGUAUUUGUGAUGUCAUAUUGAGGCUAGAAGACAUCCGUUCGGUGGAUGCGGACAUUUCAGCGAAGAUGAUUGAGACUUUACUGGAUCAGUUAGGUCCGAUUUUCAUGGUUAAUGGGCGAUCUUCCAUUCACGAAGUGUGUUCCACAUCAUACUUCCGAACAAAGGAAAUCAUAUUCUGCUUGAAGGGAAGCUUGCAGAGCAUUGAUGACCGUUGGUGCAGCGCCAAAGGACCCCUUGCGCAAUGGCUUCAAGCGAGUGAAGUUCGUUCUCUUAUCAAGGCGCUGUUCAUGAACACAGAACAGAGGAGGCAAUUACUUGACUCGAUUUUCUGA